CAAUUAAAUUUUGCCACCGGUCGUCGGUGGCCUUUCAGUCAUCUGUCAACGCGCUUCGUGGGAGGAUCUCCUCCGGGCAAUAGGGGACACCUCGUAUUCUUGAGAUUUUUUCUUUGGACGACAACGACGACGACGUGCCUAGAAAGUUUAAAGGGAAAAGCGACUAAAUCGGACAAAAGGCGGUGUAAAUUUUGCGACAGAAAAUACAUAGUCAACUUGAUACAGCCUUUUUGCCCCGCGCGCGGUAGACACUCGUGGAAGAUCGGUUUCGUGAGAAAAAGGCGGUGAUAAAUUUGGCGAUAUUCGACAAAUUGAUGGUUGUUUUGUUCUUGCGACGAUAAUUUCGGUGACCAUCGGUCGGUCGGUUGGUUAGCUAGAUUGAAGUGCAUACGAUUGGGGGGAGAUCAAGCUUUGUGAAUAAAAGUGACAGAUUUAUGCCAGAUCAGACCACGGCUACGGUGGACGCACUGUGCUGUUGAGCUGAACGUUUGCUGACGUUAUCCUUUGCGGGAGGAUUUAUUCGAUCGGGUGGACUCUGACAACGGAGCAGGAUGUCACGAACUUCUAGUGACACCCAACUGGACAAGGUUCAAGGCAUCAAAGGAGCCUCCGUGUACAAUAUUCAUGGCCUGGCUGGUUCACAGGGAUCGCUCAGCAUCCCGCCCAUCCACAGAGACGUCCCAGGCUACCGGGGCAGCAAUGAAUUCAUUUUAUCCGACGACAAAAAGACCACCAUGGACCAGCUGCGCGAGAUUGGUCCCUGGUGCCGACGAAAGUACAAAAGUAUCUUCCGCAAGAAAAUCCUCUACAAGCGCGUGCCGGUGCUCAGCUGGCUACCGAAGUACAACGGGGAAGACGCCAUCGGUGAUUUGGUCGCUGGGUUCACGGUCGGCCUCACCGUCAUCCCACAGGCGUUGGCGUACAGCAGUAUUGCGGGACUGCCGGCGGCGUACGGCCUCUAUGGUUCCUUCCUCGGCUGUUUCAUCUACAUCCUCCUCGGGUCCUGCAAGGACGUCCCCAUGGGACCAACGGCCAUCGCCUCUCUACUGACAUUCCAGGUGACGAACGGUAUCUGGCAGCGGGCGGUGCUACUUUGCUUCCUGACGGGCUUGGUCGAGCUACUGAUGGGCCUGUUUGCGCUGGGAUUUCUCAUUGACUUCGUGUCCGGACCGGUGAGUUCCGGGUUCACAUCGGCAGCGGCGUUGAUUAUCCUGAGCUCGCAGGUUAAGGAUCUGCUGGGGAUUACGGCGAAAGGGAACACGUUUGUCGAGCAGUGGCAGGCGAUUUUGGUGGACAUCCAUAACACCAGGCUAGGCGAUGCGGUUAUGGGAUUCACCUGUAUUGUGGUGCUUCUGUUGAUGAGACUGUUGCCACGAGUGAAGUUUGGACCGCCAGAAGUGGAAGAUCAGAGCUUGCUGCAGAAGAUCAUGAACAAGACGAUGUGGCUGGUCGGAACGGCUAGGAAUGCUAUUAUCGUGGUCGUGUGUGGAUCGAUUGGAGCUGCGUUCUACAACAAUGGACAGAUGCCGUUCAAAAUGAUUGGUGAUGUGCCGAAGGGACUGCCGUCGGUGCAGCCUCCGCCGUUCUACGUUCCGGAGGUUAAGGAUGCGAAUGGAACCAUUACCCAGGAGUACGAAAGCUUCGGAGAUAUGUUGGGUAGCUUUGGAUCGAUGCUGAUUGUGAUACCGCUGAUUGCUCUGCUGGAGGAUGUCGCCAUCUGUAAAGCUUUCGCCAACGGAAAACCAGUAGACGCCACCCAGGAACUGAUCGCCAUCGGUGUGUCUAACAUCGCCAACUCGUUCGUCCAGGGCUACCCUGGAACGGGGGCCCUUUCCCGUGGAGCCGUCAACAACGCCAGCGGUGUGCGGACUCCCUUCGGAGGCCUGUACACGGGAAUCAUCGUCAUCCUGGCGCUGCUCUUCUUCACCCCGUAUUUCUUCUACAUCCCGAAGGCGGCCCUGGCGGCUAUUAUCAUCGCGGCCGUGAUCUUCAUGGUGGAGGUUCGGGUGGUCAAACCCAUGUGGAGGAGUAAGAAAACGGAUCUGAUCCCCGGAAUCGCCGCAUUCAUUGCUUGUUUGGCUCUGCCGAUUGAGUACGGUAUUCUGGUGGGUAUUGGGCUCAACGUGGUCUUCAUCCUGUACCACGCGGCCCGGCCGAAACUACACCUCGAUCAGUUGAUCACCCCGUGUGGUAUCAAGUACUUAAUGCUCACCCCGGAUCGAAGUCUGAUCUUCCCGUCGUCUGACUUUGUGCGCAACCUGAUCAACAAGCAUGGUCUCAAGAAUCAGACGCCGGUGGUAAUCGACUGCACGCACAUAUACGGGGCGGACUUCACAGCCGCCCAGGUCAUCGAUACGCUCAUCAAGGACUUCAAAAUGCGGAAUCAGAUGUUGCUGUUCUUGAACCUGAAGCCGUCGGUGUGCAACGUGUUCGAGGGAGCGGAGCUGGAGUACCGGGUGUUCUACGACAUCGAACAGCUCGAGAAGGCGAUUCAGGAAAUCCGGCGGAAGAGUUUCCAGGCUUAGGAAACACGGGUGUGACGCGGAAGCAAUUGUGUACAGCGGCAAAAGACAGAAACUCAGGAUCAUUCAAACCGCUUGCCUAGUGGAAAUAGUCAGGGAGUACCUUUUGGUGUGAUGAUGGUCGUUUGGCAUACUACCGUCAAUGGUGAUCCUGAAUUCCAAAUCGAUUGUUCCUAUGUCAAACGACGCAUCGUCCCAAAUGGAGUAUACUCCCGUUAGUCAUAUAGCGCUUAGAUACUGAUACGUAGUUAGCUCGUUAGAGUCGUUAACUUAACCAUAACGCAUUACGUUUCCCCGGAACAGAAAAAAGUGAUCUAGAUAUUAAGCCGACUGUGUAGCGAGCAGGAGCUGAGAGAUAGGAUUUUUCGAUGGUAAAUUUCCCGUUUGAUCUUUUCGAUAUGCGGAGCCGUAUUGGAAAGGGGGAUACCAGCGUGUACUUAUUGGACAGAUGACCAAAAUCCCGACGAUUAUUGGAACAAUAAAUCUUAUGAUUUGCUAAUGAAAAGAACAAAACAAAGAAAUCAGAUGCUACUUGUAUGUGUGAGCGAGCGGGAUGGAAUCAAGGAAUCCACCGCGCAUCGCACUUGUCACUUUUGGUAGGAUUAGUUGACUUUUUAGUUUAGUAAGUUGAUUCAUAUUGUUGAAAUACACGAGAUGUUCCUUUAUUUUAGAUACUGUUGAACCAUAAAGC